AGCAGAAGAGACUCAGAGUUCGUGGCUUUCACGACUUUUCCGCCUCUCCCUUAAGAGUAACCUGCAGACUAUCUGCUAAACCUAAAACCAAAGCGUUUUACCAAGCGCAGUUGCCUGCUUCUUAAGUCUAAUCACUUUCGUUAAGUCGAAAACCCCAGUUUCCAACAAUGUCCUACCCGCCGGAAGGAUUGUGCGAGACCUUGGCCGAGCUGCCGGACUGGAUCAAGGUCGGCUGCGGCGACAAGGAGUACUACUGCGAGGAGAAGGGUGCCACCUUCCCCGGUGACAAGUGCCCGGAGAAGCUCCCGGACCUCUCCAAGCAUGGUAACUUGGCGGCCAUGGCCCUGCGUGACCACCCGGAGAUCUACGAGAAGUACUUUAUUGUUCGCAGUCAUGCAUUACAGAUUCUUGUUGUGGCAUUGAAGUCUUGCAUUUUUUGCAAAUCCAGACCUAGACAUAAGUAGUCUCACUUCGGGUUCUGAAUUUUGGUUUGUAAAUCAACGUCUUCCCCGCGGUAUAUUUGCCCUUUCAGAUGCAGAUAAGAUCGUCUCUGCAGAUAGGAUAGAAAAAACUUCCGAAAUUUCUUUUAUCCGCAUCACAGGUACAAGAACGUCACCACCCCGGGCGGCGUGUCCUUGGCCAAGUGCAUCAAGACCGGCAUCGAUAACCCCGGUCACCCCCACAUCUUGACCUGCGGAUUGGUACUGAUUCCUCUUAAGUCAGCAUGAUUUCUUUAACUUGUAUGCAAAGUUCGUUUUAUUCUCUGGACGAGCCAAAGUGCAUGCAAGAGUGAGUGAGCGCAUGUCUGAUUGUACAGUGGUUCUUUCUUCGCAAAAAGCAAGCGUUCGGCUUAUUUGCAUGAUUUCCUGUCUUGCGGAACAACACUUCCACCGACGUGUAGGUUUGAAACAAAAUCGCAAUUCAAUUUCAUUGAAGGUCGCGGGUGAUGAAGACUGCUACACCACCUUCAAGGACUUGUUCGACAUUGUCGUUGGCCAGCGGAACGGCGGUUACGCCGCGGACGCCAAGCACGAGACCGACAUGGACGUGUCCAAGUUGUCCAAGACCCAGAUCGACCCCUCUGGCAAAUACGUACUUACUUUGAAGAGCCGUUAUGUCGUUUAGAGGUUUUAUUUCGUGCUGAUCGAACACGUAAUCAUGAGAAAAAAACAAAAAAACGUUUUAUACGUAGGUUUUGUCUUGUUCUACUUCUCUACAACGUAUAAUUGUUGUGCCGGUUUGUCGUUUGUGGUCAGCGAGACGAACGUCAUGAUUGGUGAUCUAAAAAGCAACUGUUUCUUUUAUCAGGUCUUGACCACCCGGUGCCGCACCGGUCGUUCCGUGCGCGGCUUGCCGCUGCCCCCGGCGUGCUCGUUCGAGCAGCGCCGCGAGACCGAGCGUGUCUGCGUGAAGGGGCUGAUGAAGAUGGAGGGCGAGUUGAAGGGUCAGUACUUCCCGUUGAACGGGUCCAAGUCCAUGGAGCCCGAGUUGAAGGGUAUGACCAAGGAGAAGGAGGAGGCCUUGCGCAAGAACGGCAACUUGUUCCAGGAGCCGGACUCCACCCUGUUGCUGUCCUCCGGCUGCGGUCGCCACUGGCCCGACGCCCGCGGUAUCUACCACAACGACGCCGAGAACUUCUUCGUCUGGGUAUUGUGAGGAAAAAUCCCCCCUCCCCAUAUUGAAAACGCAUUCGUCUGAAAAAUUGUGAUGCAGACUUGAGGUCACAAAUCCUGUCUGUCUUGCAAGAAGGCAAAGCCAGAGAGUCCGCCGCAUUAUGCAGGCGGUUUGUGAUGCUGUUGGGCUUACAGGGCCGACGUCUGUCAUGCUAGUCCCCUACGUCAAAACCUCUCGACCCAGGCUUGGUAUAUGCCUGCAGUCCUCUCCAGCAAGACAGACCUGAUUUGUGUACGCAAAUCCAGCAUCAGAAAUUUCGUUUCGAUAUGGGGAGGGGGGAUUUUUCCUUUUGAUACUGGGUCAACGAGGAGGACCAGCUGCGCAUCGUGUCCAUAUCCACUGCAAAUGUGUCUGGAUCCAUCUGGAGGAAAGCAGAUGUGCUUCUUGAUGCCUGUCUUCCCGCAUCGCAAAUGCCAUACUCUUGCAAACUGUUGUUGCUACUGUUGCAAAAAAGCGAACUGCUGAGGCAUUACGGAGUUGAGCAGAUUCCACAAGUGUAGCAUCACAAGCUGCAGUCGUCUUACAGACUGAGAUGACAUGUUUGCAGUCCAUACUCCAUGGAGAAGGGUGACAACAUCACCGCCAUCUUCACGCGGUUCGCCAACGCCACCAAGGCCGUGCAGGACUGCUUGAAGUCCGAGGGGUACGACUUCAUGCACAACGACCACCUGGGCUUCAUCCUCACCUGCCCCUCCAACCUGGGUACGGGUCUGCGCGCGGGCGCCAUGGUCAAGGUCCCCCUGUUCUCCGCCCGCCCGGACUUCAAGGACAUCCUGAAGAAGAUGAAGCUGCAGGCCCGCGGUACCGCUGGCGUCGACUCCGCCUCCACUGGUAUAGAACUUUACAAUUUAGAUUCAGGCGAUUCGAAAACUGUGCACUACAUGGUGCUGAAGAUUUUUAUACCGAUCGGUUGCGCGAUCUGGUAACCCAAGAGGAAAGAAAAGCUUCUUUGAUUGCAUGUCAUGUCCCUGGAUGUUAGUGUACCACAAUUAUACACCUGUAUCACUUCACACGCGAAGCUCCUCCUCCUUCUCCAAAAUCAAAAUGCGCGCUUGUCAAUUUUCCUUGAAACAUCCACCACAGGCGGAACCUGGGACAUCUCCAACGCCGAUCGGUUGGGCAUGUCUGAGGUAUCAAGUGUAAAAAUGCCUGGGUCUGGAAGAAUGCGCGAUUUGUCAUGCUUCUCUGGCAUGACUCUUAAAUCUGUCAUGCAGGUUACCCAAGAGCCCCAAUUUCCUGUCAUGCAAAACGCAGUUUGUCAUGCAGAAUAGGCAACACCUAGGAGCUCAGAAAUUUGUCAUGCUGAGCCAGCAUUUGUAGCCUCAUCAUGAGACGCCGCCCAGCAUCACAAGUUUCCAGACCCAGACAUUUUUACAUUUGAUAUGAGGUGCAGCUGUGCAACCUGUUCAUCGAGGGCAUCGCUCAGAUCAUCAAGCUACGGAUUGCAAAAGUGUUUGGGUCUAGAAGAGUUGGGCUUGUAAUGCUGUCUGCGGAAUCUAAAAACAUCUGUGUUGCAUGAGCAGCAAGAGGAGUCAGUUCUUGGCACGCGGAGAGGGCGUAAUACUAUUAAUAAGAUUUGUCAUGCGUAAUAAGCAUCAAGAAGCUCUCAAAAAAUCUGUGAUGCUAGCAUCAGCAUCACAUACUUGAUGGGUCAUGCAAAAUGUGCAUGACAAGCCCCGACUCUUCCUGACCCAGACAUUUUUGCAUUUCAUACAAGUGGGAGCAGGCCUUGGAGGAGGGCAAGAACAUCGACGAGGAGGUCGCGGGUGCCAAGCCCUUGGGCAUCUAA